AACAGGGAGACGGUUGAUAAUCAGGGACGUAAUCACACAGAAAGGAUCAGUCUAAAGUUCAUGGCUCUGAAACACCAGUAGACACAGCACAGAUUUCCUUCUGACAGAAACAGCAGCACAAGAGGGAGGUCUUUUAGCUUUUUCUGUUUUGUUUUUUUUCCCUUCUUCUUCCCAGAUUAGUGAAGGCGGCACUGCAAGAGCACAGCAAAACAGGAGGUUGAGCUCUUCCCAGUGGAGAACAUGGACAUCUUUGAGACAGAUGCUUAUGACAGGCGGCAGAGAAGAAAUACGUCCCGCGCUCUGCUCUUCUCUCUCACACCUUUCUUUUUGGCCUCAGCUGUGUACUUCUACCUGUGGACUCCAGACUCCCCAGCAUCCAUCAUACUGGCGGGUGUCAAAUCGGCACCGGCGCUUCUGCUGGCCGUGGCAGUGCUGAGCUGGAAUGGAGGUCAGAGUGUACUGGGUGUGGUGGGAGGACUUGUCCUCUCAGCUGUGGGCGACUGCUGCCUGGUGUGGCCUGAGCUUUUCCUCCAUGGAAUGGCUGCAUUUGCACUGGCUCAUCUUCUCUACUCCGUCACCUUUCUCUCAUCCCGUUAUGAGCCAUAUUCAUCCUCCUCCUCAUGGACUGGCCUGCUAUAUCUGAUCCUGGUUGUGAUUGCAGGAGGUGUUUACACAUACUUGUUUCCAUUUUUGCAGAAGAACCCAAACUCAGACCUCAUAACUCCUGCUGUGGGGGUCUACAUUGUCUUAAUCACAAUCAUGGCAAUAUUAGCCAUCAGGACCCGUCGUGCAUUUACACUAUUAGGAAGUUUGUCCUUCAUGGUGUCUGACCUUGUGUUGGCUUUGCAAGAGUUUAAGGUGACAGCAUCUGUGGAAUACAGUAACACUGUUGUCAUGGUGACAUAUUACUUAGCGCAACUACUAAUUAGUGUGGGGGACAUGAGGGCAGUGGAAAACAAAAAUGAUUUUGAAAAAUGGAAGAGGUCCUAGCCAAUAUUCAUGCAGCAUUCCUAACUUUGGAAGCAUCCAGAGUAACAUACUACUGCCUAAUACUCGUAGCUGCUGGAUGAUGAUGACACUGAAAUGUAAAAAUGUUUGUAUGUAUUGGAUAUUGCUUUAAAAUGAUAACUAAAAAUGUUUUGGACUAAUUUUAUUGCCAUAUUUGAAUAUAACAGUGACAUGUAAAAUUCAUAUUAAAGCAAAAGCUGUUCAUGUGA